AGAAAAACCUGGACUGGGUAAAUUGUUGUCCACUGUGUAACAGCUACAAUGUAUACUAUGUACCAUACAGCUAUUAUAUCGGAUAUACAUGUACGUGUCUCAUACUGAAAAUUACUGUCAAUUGCACAGUCUUUGUAAUCAUGGAAACUGAACUAAGAAAGGAAAUACACCGAGUAGCAACCCUGAAUGGACUAUUCUAACAGACUUGUAUAUCAUAUUUCAUUUGAGAAGUUAACCCUGUAUCUAUAGGCCAGAUUAAUGAAGGAUUCAGGGUUAUAUCACAGACAGAACUGACCAACAGUCACCGUGGUCAAACUGCUGGGAUCAUUAAAGGAUAUAUCAUGCUUACCCAGCAAUUAGGCCUAUAUGUGUAUCUGGCAUUGAGGAAACUAAGUGGUCAAAGUGAGUUGGUCAGUAACAGAGGUGACCCCAGACAGGCAUGUUAGGAGGUGGACACCCAAACUGAUGCUAUCAACAGAUCUCCUGGUCCUAAGCUUUCUCUAGCUAUUGUUACUGAAAGACAACUCCUAAUCUUCUAUUUACUUCUCAUCUGUUUAGCCGUAAAUGACUGUUUUUAAAUAUCUUUAAGUUGAAUUUUUGACGUAACUGAGGUACUUUAGAGAUCAUGUAUGUUGACAGGUUUGUUGUACAUUUAUCUGUGGAUUAAUUGAUGGAAUGAGAGCAUGAAUCAGAUCUGUUUUUCAGAGCAUCUUUGUCAACUUUAUAUGUAUUUGAGAUGUUUGAAGUCCAAUUAAAUUGUCAAAAAUGUUCUGAACAGUUUGUUUGAUCUUUAAAUUUUCACUGUGAAGUGUGAUAUAAAAACUUGCAAUUGAGCAGGCAGUGAUGCCUAUAGCCCAAUCAAUGGGUGGAGCUCAGAAAUCUGUCUCGGAAAUUCCAACGAUGACAAGUUAUUGAAAAGAUGCCUCUGAUUUUAUGAUAAUGUUUGACAGCUGGUUAGCGAACCAAGGCAAAAUUGCACAAAUGAUUUGAAAAUAUGAGCUGAAAAACACAAUUUUUAUAGGAAGAAAAUCACUCUUUUCUGAUCAAGUGACACCCAAGUAUCAAACGAAAAUAAUGUGUUUACAUUUUGCAUGCCUCCAACAGCAAUACCACACGUCUUAAUCAGAAGUCUCUUACAUUACAGAUCACCUUGCGCUGAAUACCCCGAGAAUCACAUGGUUUCACCCAGAAUUUAAAUCACUGUCGAUAGCUUCAGAGAUAUAGGAACACUUUAAUCAUUGGUUAUCCAGGUAACCUCCGGGGGAUGGAUAGUUGAUGAGACAGAAUCUCCUAUUUUCGUACAUGGACUGAGCAACUCAGGAGCAAGGGAUAAAAAGGGCCACACUGCUUGGGGUGAACAAUUUCUUCUACAAUGGAAGUGCUGUGUUCCCUGUACUUUUUGAUAAUCACUGUGACCACAGGGGCUUGUGAUAUUGUUUUAAAUUUGACUUUGAGAGAAGAGGAACCUGUCUCAACUUUAGUUGGAAAUGUAGCUAGUUUAAGUGGCUUGCAAAAAAAUAUGACGCCAGAAGUUUUUCAGAGCCUGCGAUACAGUUUUUUGGACCAAGCCAAGACUGAUGAUUUAUUUCGAAUUGAUAAUGAGGCUGGCGAUUUAUUAACCAACGCUGUGAUUGACCGGGAGAAGCAGUGUGGAUUCAAUCAGGACUGUCUGUUUAAGUUUGAUGUUGCUGCUCACUCCCCUGUAUAUUCUAGGUUUGAGAUUUUAUCAGUGCGAGUGACUCUAACAGACAUUAAUGAUCACAUGCCUACUUUUCCGUCCUCCAUCGUCAACAAGACUUUGUCUGAGUCCGCUGUCAUAGGAACCACCAUACAGCUGGAUGAAGCACUAGAUCUUGACUCUACAUCACAAAACGGAAUUCAAAGUUACACCAUGAUUACUGCUGAUUCUCCAUUUCUCUUCAGUGCAACCAAAACUAGUGAAGGGGUCUCCCUACAGUUAAAACUAAAAUCGGCCAUCAACAGAGAGAAUAUAGAUCAUUAUGAGUUGAUUAUUGUGGCAGUGGAUGGAGGAUCAGACCCUCGGACUGGAAGUCUCACUGUCAAUGUGGAAGUGGCAGAUGAGAAUGAUAAUUCUCCACAGUUUUAUAGAGAUGUCUAUGACGUCAGCUUGAGGGAGGACAGAGACGUUGGUUUCCAAGUGAUUCAGCUUACAGCAACAGACAAAGACAUCGGAGCAAAUGGACAAGUGGCUUAUAAGUUUAAUGUGCGCCAAAGUUUCUUAGCAGAAAUCAAUGAAUACUUCAUGAUUAAUGAAACUACUGGCAAGAUCACUUUGAAAAACAAACUUUCUCAGAACACUAAGAAAAGUUUCAACAUCACCGUAGAUGCUAGUGACCAAGGAAAACCCCCUAAAGUCUCUCAGUGCAUUGUUCGUGUUUCUAUCAUUGAUGUUGAAAAUAACAAACCAGUGGUUCGUAUCACUUUAUUAUCAGGGAGUACUGGGGCGAUUAGUGAGUCCUCCAGUGUCGGUACUGUGAUUGCCCAUGUGACAGUAGAAGACAGUGACUCUGGGUCUAAUGGAAUUGUCACUUGUCAAAUCGCCUCCGAUCACUUCCAGCUUCAAACUGUUCUUAACAGGGGUUACAUUGUGGUCAUAAGUAAAGCUCUUGAUCGUGAAUUAUCUGAUAAUUACAAUCUGAGUGUUGAAUGCAGUGAUCAAGGCCUUCCUCCACUAUCCACUUUGUCAACCAUUGUGGUUCCCAUUGCUGAUGUAAAUGACAAUGCCCCAUUGUUCUACAAGACCGUGUAUCAAGCCUCCAUUAGAGAAAACAAUGCAUUUGGAGAUGGUGUCACGCAAGUCCUUGCCAAGGAUCGAGACCUUGGCCAGAAUUCAGAAAUAAGAUAUAUUCUUCCUCUUGAAUCCAAAGAGAAAUUAGCUAUCAAUGAAGACACUGGUGUUAUAACAGCAAACUACAGGUUUGACAGAGAAAAUGAAUCGUCCUAUUCUCUUCUGGUUUUGGCUGUUGACAAAGGAGAUCCUGCACUAACUGGAACUGCUACAAUUCAGUUAACAGUAAGCGAUGAAAAUGACAAUAAACCUACAUUUACUGUUCCCAUGUUUCAGUUUUUCGUUAUGGAAAAUAUGGGACCACAGUUGAAGGUUGGAUCUCUCAGUGCCUCAGAUCUUGAUGAAGAUGACAACCAAAAGAUUCUCUUUGACUUCCAUCCAAAUUUCAAAAACCUACCCAGCAGUCAAAUGCCAUUUGAGAUUCUACCAUCAGGGAGCAUUUCUACAAGGAGAGAUUUAGAUAGAGAGGAUAGAAAUAAGUACACCUUUGACAUAGUAGCAAUAGAUCAAGGUAUCCCAAGGCUGACCAGCACCAGUCGGGUGGUUGUGUAUGUUGCAGACCAGAAUGACAACAAGCCUUUUAUCACCUUCCCAUUAUUUUCUAACCAGACUGUCUCCGUAUCUCAGCUAGCUAAGAUUGGGACAAUUGUUACUCAGAUUAGGGCUUAUGAUCUGGAUGAAACUGGACCUAACAGCCAACUUAGUUACUCCAUCUUGGCUGGUAAUGAGAAGGACGUCUUCUCCAUAGGAGAAACCUCCGGUAGCAUCUACCUCAAGAGAACGUACGAAAUCACCAAAAAUACUCCCUUUAAGCUUAGGAUUAAUGUCAGUGAUAUGAAUGUCUCACAUAUGCAAUCUUCAUUCCAAGACUUAACCAUUGUCUUAACACUUCCUCCCCCUACACCUCAGGUCCUAGAGGAUGGAGGAACAAAGAACAUCAUAAUCACUGUCGCUGUAGUCAUCCUCACUAUAGUACUGUCAGCAGUGAUCAUAACCGUCAUAAUAAUCCUUCGCCGAAACGAUCAAAAACUUCUCCAAAGCAAAGGCCAAGACAACUUGGUGAAAACCAUGUAUAGUGUGCCUCCUCUUGAUGGCUGCUCUCCUCCCAGCCUGGAUAAGAGCCCUAGUGACAAGGUGACCAGCAUCGUGGACUCGCCCCGCAAGAAAAAAGGGGUCAGCUUCACGUUUGAAGAGGAAAACACCCAGAUCUUUUACAGUGACCCUAUGGACCAAGGACAGAGAGGUAGUGGUUCUUACAGUAGGCCGGACAAUUCACAGAUCUUGAACUCUUUGUUCGAAGAUGGCUUGGGAAGAUCUCAGUAUAAGCAGCAACAAGAUAACAUGAGUGAUUCAUCAGGGGAAGUAACUGCGUCUGACAGUGGUAGAGGGGGCAGUGAUCUGGAUCUCUCUAUGCAUUUAUCCAAAUCAGAUGAGAGACAUCCAAGGAGAACCUUCAAAUUUAGAAGGAAUCCCGAUCAAGGUUUACAUCGAAAUCAGUACGAAAAUAUCAACUACGUGAAUACACAUGACCCGAGGAGCGAUAAUCAAAGGGAGGCAAUCCCUCCAAGGCCUCCUCGACUUUCAUGCAACUCGGACAACGAGCUACUAUUUCAUUCUGAGGAUUCACAGACAAACCCAUCUUAUGUGUGAGAGGACACUCAACAUCUCAUGUGUGAGAGGACACUCAACAUCUUUCAUGAAUGUGUGAAUUUUGUUUGUUAGUGGACACUCAACGUGACGGUUAGCAACAAAAGUGCCAAAUAUAUUAUGUCUCAUACCGUUUUGUAUGUCAUUGUAAUUACCUCGUAUUUAUGUUAUUGCAUUCAAUCUGUGUGUAUAAUGAUUAUACAGUUAGAAAUAUAUGUGUUCAACUGCUGAGUUUGGCAACAAGUGCUUUGUACAAAUAAAGUAAAAAUUUAAGGAAA